CUAGAUUAGUCUGAGGGAAGGAGAUGCCUCUUCCUUCCCCUCAAUAGUGGGCCGAGCCCAGCUGGCACUCUCUGGAGGUAAGGGAACAAUAUUCUUCAAGAGAAGUCCACUCUGCCAAAGCCAGAAGCACAACAUUCUCAAGAUCUCAGCCAGGAGGGGCAGACCAAGGUUGCUUCUGUCUUCUUGCAGCCUCCCAUAAUUCCAGACUUGCUGCGCCAUAGUCAGGACACUACCCUUCCAGGAGCAAAUUCAUCUUCCACAGACCAGCUAAUCAUGUUUAACUACGAACGUCCAAAACAUUUCAUCCAGUCCCAAAACCCCUGUGGCACCAGACUGCAGCAUCCAGGACCUGAAGCCUCCAGCUUCUCUAGCCAGACCAAACAGUCUUCUAUCAUCAUCCAGCCCCGCCAGUGCACAGAGCAGAGGUUUUCCGCCUCCUCCACAGUGAGCUCUCACAUCACCAUGUCUUCCUCUGCUUCCCAGCAGCAUGCUGGCUCCAACCCAGGCCAAAGGGUUACUGCCACCUAUAACCAGUCCCCAGCCAGCUUCCUCAGCUCCAUAUUACCAUCUCAGCCUGAUUACAAUACCAGUAAAAUCCCAUCCACUGUGGACUCCAACUAUCAACAAUCUUCAGUUGGCCAACCUGUAAAUGCCAUGUCAUCCCAAACUGCAAAUGCUAAGCCCGCACCAAGGACACCUGACCACGAAAUCCAAGGAUCAAAAGAAGCUUUGAUUCAAGAUUUGGAGAGAAAACUGAAAUGCAAGGACACCCUUCUCCAUAACGGAAAUCAAAGGCUGACCUAUGAGGAGAAGAUGGCUCGCAGAUUGCUAGGACCGCAGAAUGCAGCUGCCGUGUUUCAGGCUCAAAAUAAUGAUGCACGAGAUUCCCCACAGCAGCACAACUCAGAACAUGCACGACUGCAAGUUCCUACAUCACAAGUAAGAAGUAGAUCAUCUUCACGAGCAGAUGCAAAUGACCAGGAUGCCAUUCAGGAGAAGUUUUACCCACCACGCUUCAUUCAAGUGCCUGAAAAUAUGUCAGUUGAAGAAGGAAGAUUCUGCAGAAUGGACUUCAAAGUUAGUGGACUGCCUGCUCCUGAUGUGUCAUGGUACCUAAACGGGAGACCAGUUCAAUCAGAUGAGUUGCACAAAAUGAUAGUGUCUGAAAAGGGUUUUCACUCACUCAUCUUUGAAGUGGUCAGAGCUUCUGACGCAGGGGUUUAUGCGUGUGUGGCCAAGAACAGAGCUGGAGAGGCCACCUUCACGGUACAGCUGGAUGUCCUUGCAAAAGAGCAUAAAAGGGCACCAAUGUUUAUCUACAAACCACAGAGCAAAAAAGUUUUUGAGGGAGACUCAGUGAAACUGGAAUGCCAGAUCUCUGCUAUUCCUCCACCAAAGCUGUUCUGGAAAAGGAAUAAUGAGAUGGUCCAGUUCAAUACUGACCGAAUAAGCUUGUAUCAUGAUAAUACUGGAAGAAUAACUUUGCUGAUAAAAGACGUGAAUAAGAAAGAUGCUGGGUGGUAUACGGUGUCUGCAGUUAAUGAAGCGGGAGUGACCACAUGUAACACAAGAUUAGAUGUCACAGCCCGUCCCAACCAAACUCUUCCAGCUCCCAAGCAGUUGCGUGUUCGACCAACUUUCAGCAAGUAUUUGGCGCUUAAUGGGAGAGGUUUGGAUGUGAAACAAGCUUUUAACCCAGAAGGAGAGUUUCAGCGCCUGGCAGCUCAGUCUGGACUCUACGAAAGUGAAGAGCUUUAACAACUUUAUCAACACUGGAAAACACAGCUACAGUAUUAGCAAUACAUCUGAUGACAUUGUGAAAAAAAUCCAUAGCUACAUUAACCAAUUAUGGCUUUAUUUAGGUACUACAACUAAUACACACUUGUGAUAUUGUUUAUCCUCUGACUCUUGCAUAGUCUGUCAACUUCUCUAAUCUGUGAAGUCAACAGUAAACUGGGUAUUUGGAUUUGUACUGUAGAAAACUCUUAAAAUACAGGAUCUUAACAUUUAGGUCAUGCACAUUUACAAGUUAUAAAUCAAUAAUUUUUUAAAAACAUCUAAUGCUUGCAGUAAGGUUUGCAGGUAUUGCUUAAUACAUAUUGUUUUACCUGUUUUCUCUUAUAGGAUACUAACAUGAUAUAGAUUAUCUGUGUGUUCCACAAUUUUAUGUCAAAAGAGAAUAAAAUUCAAAUAGUUAAAACA